AUGUUUCUCACCACCAAAUCCCUCCUCACCCUCACCCUCGCGGCCCUCGCCGCAGCCAGCCCCAUCGACGCCGUCGAGAAGCGCCAGCUGCGCAACCGCGUUCGGACCACCGCCACCGAGUUCACCGACGGCGGCUGCCGCCCCAUCAUCAUGCUCUUCGCCCGCGGGUCCACCGAAAUCGGCAACAUGGGCACCGUCUGCGGGCCCCCGACCGCCAACAGCCUCAAAGCCAACUUCGGCGCCGAAAACGUCGCCGUCGAGGGCAUCGAGUACGCCGCCGCCCUCUCCACCAACGCCCUCCCCGGCGGCGCCGACCCCCGCGGCGUCCGCGAGAUGGAGCGCCUCAUCGCCCGCGCCAACGCCGAGUGCCCGGACUCGCUCCUCGUCGUGGGCGGGUACAGCCAGGGCGCCGCCGUCACCCACCGCGCCGUCGAGAGCCUCCCCCAGGCCCAGAAGGACCAGAUCGCCGCCGCUUUCACGUUUGGUGAUACCCGGAACCGACAGGACAGGGGCCAGAUUCCCAACUUCCCUCCCGAGAAGACCAACAUCAUCUGCAACACUGGCGAUGCCGUCUGCAGUGGCACCCUCGUUAUCACUCCCGCCCAUUUCGCAUAUGGUAGCCGUGUGGACGAACAGGUCGCGUUCAUCACCUCCCGUCUUCGUGCCGCCGGCGCCAAACUGAAGUAG